CGCACUGGCGCGCGGGGCCGUGGUGGCGGCAUGGCGGUGUGCGCUCGGCUGUGCGGCGUGGGCCCGUCGCGCGGGUGCCGGCGGCGUCAGCAGCGCCGAGGCCCGGCCGAGACGGCGGCGGCCGACAGCGAGCCGGACACGGACCCCGAGGAGGAGCGCAUCGAGGCCCCGCCGCCGCGCUGCUCGCUGCUGGAGCUGCCGCCCGAGCUGCUGGUGGAGAUCUUCGCCUCGCUGCCCGGCACCGACCUGCCCAGCCUGGCCCAGGUCUGCACCAAGUUCCGCCGCAUCCUGCACACCGACACCAUCUGGAGACGGCGCUGCCGCGAGGAGUACGGCGUCUGUGAGAACUUGAGGAAGCUGGAGAUCACGGGCGUGUCUUGUCGGGACGUCUAUGCAAAGCGUGUAAACCCGCGUGUGAAGUCGGGACGUUUUAUGAAACUCCUUCCCGAUUACGAGCACAUGGAGUACAGAGAUGUGUACACCUGCCUGCUUCACCGAUACAGACACAUUUUGGGACUGUGGCAGCCGGAUAUCGGGCCAUACGGAGGGCUGCUGAACGUGGUGGUGGACGGCUUGUUCAUCAUUGGCUGGAUGUACCUGCCACCCCACGACCCUCACGUUGAUGACCCCAUGAGAUUCAAGCCUUUGUUUAGGGUCCACCUGAUGGAGAGAAAGUCUGCCACCGUGGAGUGCAUGUACGGCCACAAAGGACCCCACAACGGCCACAUCCAGAUUGUGAAGAAGGACGAGUUUUCCACCAAGUGCAACCAGACGGACCACCACCGGAUGUCUGGCGGGAGGCAGGAGGAGUUCCGGACUUGGCUGCGGGAGGAGUGGGGCCGCACGCUGGAGGACAUCUUCCACGAGCACAUGCAGGAGCUCAUCCUGAUGAAGUUUAUCUACACCAGCCAGUACGACAACUGCCUGACCUACCGUCGCAUCUACCUUCCGCCCAGCCGCCCGGACGACCUCAUCCAGCCCGGCCUCUUCAAGGGCACCUACGGCAGCCAUGGCCUGGAGGUGGUGAUGCUCAGCUUCCAUGGCUGGCUGGCCAGGGGCACCAAGAUCACGGGUGACCCCAAUAUUCCUGCGGGGCAGCAGACGGUGGAAAUAGACCUGAGGCACCGCGUCCAGCUGCCGGACAUCGAGAACCUGCGCAGCUUCAACGAGCUGUCCCGCCUCGUGCUGGAGGUGCGGGAGCAGGUGCGGCUGGAGCAGCAGGAGGGUCAGCUCGAGGGCAAGGAACCAGCCGGCCGGCCCGCCCAGGAAGCGGCUGCAGCCGAGCAGCCUGCCCAGUCCGGGCAGGGGCAGCCAUUUGUGCUGCCUGUGGGCGUGAGCUCGAGGAGCGAGGACUACCCCCGCACGUGCAGGAUGUGUUUCUACGGCACAGGCCUCAUCGCCGGGCACGGCUUCACCAGCCCCGAGCGCACCCCUGGCCUCUUCAUCCUGUUCGACGAGGACCGCUUUGGGUUCAUCUGGCUGGAGCUCAAGUCCUUCAGCCUGUACAGCCGGGUGCGGGCCGCCUUCCGGAACGCCGAGGCGCCGUCCCCGCAGGCCUUCGACGACAUGCUCAAGAGCAUCCAGGCCGUCGCGUGCUGACCA